GUCUGCCAUUAUCGGAAUCGGACGGAUCCAGGCGAGCCGUGAAAAGUUGCGCGGGAAAUCGCUGUUAAGAAGUAAGAACCGACCGAAGGGGAGACGGAGAACGAAGGCUGAGAACGAACGGGAGGAGCGAAAUGGGAGAAGAGGACACGAAUCCGCGGCCGCGUCGCGACUUCCCGGCCUUCCCUUUCGAGCCCUAUCCAAUCCAAACCGAGUUCAUGAGCUUUCUCUACAACUUCCUCGACAAAGGCGGCGGCGUCGCUAUGCUCGAGAGCCCCACCGGAACCGGUAAAACCCUAAGCCUCAUUUGUAGCGCUAUGCAAUGGGUCGUCGACCAUAAGGAAAAGAAACAGCUACUGAAGUCUAUGAAGACGGAUGCGAAACUGGGCGAAGCCAACGAUGAUGGAAAUUGCGACGAGCCCCAGUGGAUGAGGGACUUUGAUAUCACAGAUGUAGAAAAGAAAGAGGCUCCCAGAAAAAGAAGUGAGUUUGUGGUUGGAGAUUUUGAGAAGAAGCGCUCUGGAGCAAAAUCAGUAAAUGUGGAAAAGAUGGGUGUGCAGUCAUUGGACGACGAAGAGGAUUUUUUGUUGGAGGAAUAUGUAAGUGAAGAUGAAAGCACGGAGGGCGGCUUUGAAAAAUCAAAGAGGAAGAGGGAUACUGAUUCUAAUUGGAGCAGCAGCAGUGAUGAGGAGGCAUACGAGGAGGAAGAUGAGGAAGUGACACCUAAGGUAUAUUUUUGUAGCAGGACACAUUCACAGCUAUCACAGUUUGUGGAUGAAUUCAGAAGGACGAGGUUUGCUUUGGCUCUCAAACUUGCAUGUUUAGGUUCAAGGAAGAACUUAUGUAUUAAUUCAGAUGUUUUAAAGCUUAGGAACCCAAGCCGGAUUAAUGAGAGAUGCUUGGAGCUGCAAAGGAAUCAGAAAGAUGCGAAACUCAAGGUUUUGGAUGACAAGGGGAAGAUGCGACGUUCAAAGGGCACAUCUGGUUGUCCAAUGUUACGGCGACAGAAGUUGCAAAAACUAUUCAAGAAUGAAGUGUGGAACACAGGCGCAAUGGACAUUGAAGAUCUUGUUCAGCUAGGAAGUAAAAUUGGUACAUGCCCUUACUAUGGUGCCCGCAACAUGGUUCCUUCAUCUGACAUAAUUGUGCUUCCUUACCAAUCCUUAUUUUUGAGGUCGGCACGUGAGUCAUUAAGUAUAAAUUUGAAGAAAAGUAUAAUAAUUAUUGAUGAAGCCCACAACUUAGCAGAUUCUCUAACCAACAUGUACAAUGCAAAGAUCAGUGAAACACAGUUGAAGCGAAUACUAGACGCCCUCGAGUUUUAUAUCAACAAAUUUCGUAGUUGCCUGGGUCCAGGAAAUCGCCGUUACAUCCAGACCCUUAUAGUGUUAAUCCAGUCCUUUCUUCAAAAGCUGCAUGAAUUCCUUAGCACCAGUUCUUACAGAGAUGAGCAAGGGAUUAAAGGGUCACUUGCUGACACUUCCAUGACUAUAAAUGAUUUCUUAUUUUCACUUAACAUUGACAACCUCAACUUAGUGAAACUCCACAGGUACAUCAAAGACAGCAAAAUAAUUCACAAGAUAAGUGGCUAUGGAACUAAACUGGCAAGCUUGCAAAGUCACAAUUCCAUUUGUUCUGAUAGCCAGAAUAAUAGUGAGGAAGGAAGCAUCUUAUCUGGCUUUCAGACAUUGGAUAAUAUCAUUAUUUCACUGGUUCACAAUGAUAGAGAUGGAAGAAUAUUACUCUCAAGACCAAAAUUAUCUGGUCAGAAAGAGGAAGGAUACAUUAAAUUUAUGAUGCUGUCUGGACACACAAUUUUUUCUGAGGUCUUGGAUCAAGCAUAUGCUGUCGUUCUGGCUGGGGGAACACUUCAACCCAUUGAAGAGACAAGAGUACGACUCUUCCCUAAUUUGUCACGGGAUGAAGUACAUUUCUACACAUGCAACCAUAUUGUCCCUCCAGAGAGCAUUUUGCCUAUUGUAGUUUCGCAUGGCCCAUCAGGCAUUGACUUUGAUUUCAGUUAUAAUUCAAGAAAUUCUUCGAACAUGAUUGAAGAGCUAGGGCGCCUACUUUGCAAUCUCGUGGCAAUUGUUCCAGAAGGAUUUGUAGUGUUUUUCUCUUCCUUUGACUACGAAGGACGGGUUUAUGAUGCAUGGAAAGCUUCGGGUGUUCUUUCAAAGAUUUCAAAGAAAAAAAUUGUGUACAGGGAACCUAAAAGUAGUAACGACGUUGAGCAUGUACUUAAGAAGUACAAGGAAACCAUUGCGAGUUGUGAUACAAUAUUGAAAGAUACUGGAAUCAAUGGAGCUGUACUGUUAGCAGUGGUUGGGGGAAAGAUCUCUGAAGGUAUAAAUCUUAGCGACGGCAUGGGUCGUUGCAUUCUAAUGGUUGGGCUUCCAUAUCCAAGUCCUGAUAUUGAACUGAUUGAAAGAGUACAACAUAUUGAAGGACUAGGACAAGCCAUACCACAGAGGUGCAACAAGCCCUUUAGGAAUUCAUCUAAUGAUGGACACGAGGCUGAGUCUGGUUUUGGCUUCUUACGAAGGUGCAAGCAAAGAGGAAAAGAGUAUUAUGAGAACUUGUGCAUGAAGGCCGUAAAUCAAUCAAUUGGUCGAGCGAUCAGGCACGUAAAUGACUAUGCUGCAGUUUUGUUAGUCGACUCACGUUAUGCUUGCAGCCAAUUAAGCCAAAACAUGUCACACCCGACGAACAAACUACCACUCUGGAUAAAGCAGCAGCUUGUCUCAUCUACUCAAAACUAUGGUGAAGUCCAUCGGUUGCUGCAUAAGUUUUUCCAAUUUAAUCGACAAAAGCGGCAUACAUGAGGAGCAGAAGCACAGAUUGGACUCGGAUAUUCAUGAUAGGAAAACAGUUUUUAUCAGCCAAACCCACUUCUAUGGACAAAAUCCAACUCUGCGGGUUCAAGUUUAUCUGAAAAUUUCCAGUAGAAUGGAGGAUCUGCAUAUAGGUUAAAAUGUGAUAUAUCAUGGAAGAAUAUUGUUUCGACAAGCUGAACACUAGGGCUUUAGGACACGGUUGUAUAAACAUUGAAGGAGAAUCUGUUCAAAGUGUGAUCAAAGACUAUAAUGUUUCAACUAGAUUUAAGUUUUUCAUUCUAUUGAGAAUAAUUCAAUUUUUUUAAUGGGCUAUAAGUCAUCACUGUGACUUAUCUCUGGUUCUUCAAACUUAGGUCUGGUCCUAUGAAAAUUUUUCAUUGGUUAAGAAACUUUAAUAGAGAUUUAUUUAGACGGUCAAAAUUCUUAUAACUAUUUUUCAUUAUAAGAAAAAUUUAUUACCAUGCAUCGUAGUUGAGAUUUAAAUUUUAGAUUUUGCCCACUACAAAUAAACUAUUAUUUACCAUAUGUGCUAUGUCUGGGGCAUCUUGUGUCCUUGUUGAAGCAUCUACGUGCUGUUAUUUUCUCUUUCGUCUUUUUGUCAGCCGACAUCGUUGUUUCCAUGGACCAUGCAUCCACUUGAUUGAAUUACUCUCAUCGUCCUCUCUCUCUUGUUUCUCACACCUUUGACAUUGAUCCAAAGUCAAGCUUGGGAAUCCAAGGAACACGCAAGCAGUCUUGUGCUCCUUCCCAGAAACCAACCCGAAUCCUGUUUUGAGUGGUUUUGCACUUUUGUUUUGACGAAUCCAAAGGAUCCAAUGCACGUCGGCUGCAGCCAACGUCAAAAACUUCGCUGUUAGCCUGUUACUAGUGCCACUCCUCCCACUAGAUCUGUUUAAAUGUCAACUCCACUAUCUCUUGCCUUAUCCUCCCUCCCUGCCCUUACGAAAAGUCAGCGCCCCAUUCCUGUCGCCGUUCCAUUACUUCUGUUGUCAACGCCAGCGACCGUUGGGUGGAGGAUGUUCACGGUGGCGGCGGAGAUGGACGGAGACAACUGGGACCUCGGCGCAGUGGUGCGGAGCUGUCGCCCGUCGGGGUCGUCGGCAGCAAGGGACGCCGUGUGGGCGUUCCCGCCGCUUCCAGAGCCCUUUCAGGCGGUGGAGGGCGGCCAAGGCGGCGUCUUUGUCUCCAGAUCCUCUCGCUCCGCUGCUGGUUUGGGGUCCAAUCUACUUCCGCUUCCUCGGGAGGCGGAUCGGCUGAGUUGUCAAGCUCCCCGCUCUAGGCGAAGGAAGAGCCGCCAGCAGCAACAGCUGAAGAAGGUCGUGCGUCAUGUCGCCGCCGACGAUCUCUCCUCGGACAUCUGCGCAUGGCGGAAGUAUGGCCAGAAACCGAUAAAAGGAUCGCCGUAUCCUCGGGGAUACUACAAGUGCAGCAGCUCAAAAGGCUGCCCGGCCCGGAAGCAGGUGGAACGGAGCCAGGCGGAUUCGGCACUGCUCAUCAUCACCUACACCGGCGACCACAACCACUCCAUGCCGACGAACUACAACUCCCUGGACGGAAGCACCAGCUACGAGUUUCCCAGGUCGCCCUCCGACAGCAACCAAGAAGCCAGUCCUCUAUAUUCCGCCGCCGCCGCACCUGAGCUCUCCCCCACCACGCCGCUCUCCGCCUCCAUCCUCAGGCGGACAAAGAAACGGGAAGGCAGCGUGGAUGAGGCGGAGGUUGAAGAAGCAAAAGACAACGACGAGGGGGAAUUGCUGGUGGAGGACAUGGAAAUAAUAAGCGAGGACGACUUGCUCUUCCUAGCCGGCGUCACCUCGCCCACGGUGGCGGACAUGACCACGACAUCUGACGGCGACUCCAUCUUUCCUCUGUUGUGACUGUCAACCGUACCGAGACAUUCUCAGCGUCGCAGCGUAGGAACACCAUGGACCAGCAUCAAAGGAUGCGAUCCGAUCUAAGUAAUUAUUGUUUGUUAAUUCCGAUAAAGAUGAAGAAAAAAAAAAUCUAUUGAUUUGCAUGA